CUACUGACUUAGUACUUCUGAUCAGUAUUAAAGCUUUUAAUACUUUGGAAAUGUCUUUUAUUUACCGAGUAAGGUCCAACUUAGAGGAAGUAUUUUUGUCUUCAAGCGAAGUUAUAAGUGAUCGUUGAAAAAUGACUAUUAUAAGAUUUGAAAUCCUAAGAACUCUUGUGCGAGUAAUGUUUAUAGUUAUCUUAAGUUUUGCGGUAGUUAAUAUAAAAUGUGUUUCGGGAAAAGAAUCAUAUAUAAGGUCAGCUAAAUCUAUUGACUACUCCAAUUUUAUUAAUCACGAAUUAAAAAAAUAUGAUUCGGAUUUCUUCAGUCAUCCUUGCAAAAGAAAAUGUCUUCCAGGAGUUCAUAUGACAUGUUUUUAUAAAUUAGUAGUACACUUCUAUGAAACGAUGGGUCCCAACUGCAAACGUUGUGUUACAGAUAGAAAUACCUGUUCUCGAGAUAAUUGUAUAUUUGCUGAUGGCAUCAAUUCAGCUGUUGUGGCAGUGAACAAAAUGCUUCCAGGGCCACCAAUUGAAGUUUGUGAAAACGAUACAAUAAUUGCGGACGUUGUCAAUCAAAUGACCGAAGCUACAACUAUGCACUGGCAUGGUGUUCACAUGAGCGAAACCCCCGAAAUGGAUGGGGCACCGUUUAUCACUCAAUACCCUAUAAAUCCUGGAGAAUCCUAUCGAUAUAAAUUUACUGCCGAUCGUAGUGGUACAAUUUGGUAUCACAGUCACAGUCAUUGGCAGAGGGGACUGGGAGCUGCUGGAAGCAUGGUUAUCCGACAGCCAAGGAUCUUCAAUGUACAUGCUGAUUUAUACGACUACGAUUUAACUGAACACACAAUAAUGAUUCAAGACAUAGUCUAUAACUAUGAUUUCGAAAAACUCUCAAACAUUUUGAUAAACGGUAAGGGACGAAACCAUCUUGCCAACGAAAAUCAACCGUCAAGGUAUGAGAAAUUCGAUGUGGUUCGCGGUAAUCGUUAUCGUUUUCGAGUGAUCUUUAAUGGAGUUUUCAAUUGUCCCAUCGAAUUUUCGAUUGAUAAUCAUCGUCUUCUGAUCAUAAGCACUGAUGGCAAUGACAUUGAGCCAGUAGUAGCUACUUCAUUCUUUAUGACGUCGGCAGAAAGGUUUGACUUUGUAUUGCAUGCCGAUCGAUACAUUCAAAACUACUGGGUAAGGGUAAGAGGUUACACUAACUGCAGCAUUGACAAUCUCUAUCAAGGAGCUAUCUUAAACUAUCAAGGAGCCCAUACCCUAAAUAAUGAACCUCCAGAGAAAUUGAAUUAUGAUUACAAAUUGAAGGGAGUUAAAGUCAAUCCAAUAGAUCGCAGAGACUUGAGUAGCAAAAGUCUUGCAAUAACCGAUCUUCGGUCUCUUCGUCCUGUCGAAUGGUAUGAAUCAACUAAAUUUGAAACAUUUUAUUCAAGCUUUGGCACCUAUGAACGCAACGGAGAACUUGAAAUGCAAAUCGAUAAUAUCACAUAUCAAAUGCCAGGGCUAUCGCUCCUACAAUCAAAAGAUUUAUUAAAUACAUUCAUGUUUUGUAAUAAAACCACUCUGGCCGAGGCUGGAAGAGAUUGCUCGCGGGAGGCAUGUCGAUGUGUAAAUGUGCUGUCACUUCCCGCAUUUGCACCAAUUGAGCUAAUUGUUGUAAAUUUUAUGGGUGGAACACAUCCUUUUCAUAUUCACGGAUAUACUUUUAGAGUCGUUGGACAGGGUAUUCUACCAGAAGAAAACUUAUGGAGGAUUGAAGAAUAUGACCGAAGAGGGCUUUUAAAUAGAAAUCAUUUCUUCCCAGUAGAAAAAGAUUCAGUCCAAAUUCCAGGCUUUGGUUACAUAAUAAUCCGAUUUUUGAGCAACAAUCCCGGAUACUGGAUGUAUCAUUGUCAUAUAGAAAAUCAUUCAAUACUUGGUAUGAUGGCUGUACUUCAAAUAGGUGAACCUAAUCAAAUGAAGAAUACAUUAAAAUCAACACUAAAAUGUUAGUUGUUAUAACAGAGAUUGUGAACUUUUAGUAAAUCUUAGUAUUAUUUAUAUUUAAAUUAAUAA